UCCUCCAUUUGAAGCAGCAAAUAUCAUGCCAAGUCGUGUUCACUAGUCUUUCAUUCAUCCACGAUUUUCCUUACUCCAACCAUGGCAAACACUCUCGAUCUCAGCGCAAUUCCAAGCUCACCAACAUCCCCAGACUGGGACGUGCCGAAAGUAGAAAUGCGAGGCCGCAGACACAACAUCGUCCGUAUCACCACCCAAACGACAACGGAAAUCGGGGCAGCACUCAAAGAUCUCUUAUCACAAUUCAGAGAAUUACUUAAGAGUGGCCCGUCCGUGGAAGAGUUACAAGAGUUUCUUCGACCAUGGAAAAUGCCUGCUUCUCAAACGCAAAUCGAUCCUCCACAAGCCCAAUCUGACUCCACUCAGAUUCAGCCGAUGGUGCUGAAGUGGCUAGACCAUCUUGGAGCUACAGUUGAUGUCGCUCGCCUGGAGCGUUUUGAUCUUGUAGCAGUCUUAUUGGACAACGGCUUCGAAUUCCACCCAGACCUUGCACAGUGUGCAGCACAAAUUGCCCUCAGGACCGGUGAUCCUGCAACGCUAGAAUUUGCACUGGAUCGCGGAUGGGACAUCAAUCAAAGCUUUCGCUCUCGUCGAGAGCCAAUACUAGGCUCCGUCAUCACAAAUGAAGCGCUGGUUGAAUGGUGUCUGUCACACGGUGCCGACCCAAAUGGCACUUGCUUUGGAGGCUACACAGUCAUGCAACAUGCGGCUGUAUAUGCUUCCCUUGACACUAUCAAGCGGCUUCUACAGGCUGGAGGCAAUAUUUCACCUGGUUCAAAGGCAGCCGGUGUCGCUGCCCACGCUGCCAUGAGGGAAACCGAUAGGAUACCGAUCAUCGAGUAUUUACUCAGUGUUGGUGCAGACAUCAACGCCCAGUACCUAAUACAAGACGAAAACGAAGAGGAAGAGAAGGGGCAUUGCUGCGACCAUUUCGGAAAGAAUAAGACAGCAUUACAUGUUGCCAUCCGGAAGGGAGAUCGAGAAUUGGUAGAGUUCCUGCUUGAGCGUGGAGCUGAUCCAACAAUAAAAACAAAGAAUAUGUCCACUCGGUUCCGGUGGAUGGAUGUUGUAGAGUUCGCAGAGCAUGAAGGCCAUCUUCAUCUUGUAGGACUAUUGCAAGAGGCUAUAAACAGUGUGGGCGAGUGAGGUUUAGUGUUGGGUAAAGGUUC